AUGGCAUCCUUACCCAGGCAUCGCAUUACUGCAGCCCGGCCAUUUAUAUUGCCAGGCGUCGACUAUUGCGGGCCUUUUACAGUGCGCAUCGGCACAAAAAGGUCGCGCACAACGAUCAAAACAUAUCUAGCUGUUUUUGUUUGCAUGGCGACCAAGGCCGUGCAUAUUGAAGUUGUUGAUGAUCUUUCAUCACCCGCAUUCUUAGAUGCCUUUACGCGAUUUAUAAGUAGACGAGGUCCAUGUCGAGAUCUCUAUAGUGACAACGGUACUACGUUCACAGGUGCUAACCGUUUGCUUAAAGAAGACUUGGCUGCUUGGCAGAACGACAAUAACCAACAAAGUUUUGCGAAUCUCGGUACUCAUUGGCACUUUAUCGCUCCCAGCGCUCCUCAUCAAGGUGGGCUCUGGGAGGCUGCGGUAAAAUCUGCCAAAUAUCAUUUGGUGCGCCUCGUUGGAGCGCAGUCAUUAUGGUAUAGCCAGACUUUGGCGACACGCAUUGAAGCAUGGCUAAAUUCUCGUCCGCUAACACCUAUAUACGAUGAUCCCAAUGAUAAUUUAGCUUUGACCCCUGCCGACUUUCUGGUUGGCGCUCAACUGGUUGCAGUCCCUGAAGCUGACAUCAGAAGAAUUCCGUCCAACCGUAUUAAGCACUGGCUCUGGCUGCGUCAGAUACAUCAACAAUUUUGGCAACAAUGGAGCGAGGAAUAUUUAUCUACUCUUCAAACUCGAAACAAGUGGCAGACGAAAUCAAGGGACGUAAAGAUCGGAGAAAUAGUCAUCGUAAGACAUGAGAACUUACCACCAACAUAUUGGCGCUUAGGGCGCGUAACUGCGGUUCAUCCGGGCAGCAAUAGUUUAAUACGUAAUGUCACGCUUCAGACGGCGAACGGUAUGAUGACUCGUGCGGUACAGAAAUUGUGCCGGCUUCUGGACGCAGAGCAUUUUGAGGCCAGCGCCUCAACCGGGCAGGAUGUUCAGAAUCCGUCCAAUCUGGCACCACCUUAA